CGAUGCACUUGGAGCCCUCUAUAAAUUCGAUCUCAUCCCCUUAGGCUUUGUCCCCAUAGUUCAACUUCCAGCUCUCAAAUAUCCCCAUCUUUGAUCCUUGUUAUCAAUUAUCAUUGACAUAUAAGUCUAGAAAGUAGGUUCUUCAUCAUGGGGUUUUCCAUGUUCAUGUGCAAGCAAUUAACACGAACACUAUUAGAUAAUUUCUCAUCUGGUAUGCUGAAAAUGGAUGUCGUCUUCAAUCCUCGGAGACACAGAGAAAAGGUAAUCAUUGUAAUGGGAGCAACCGGAACCGGCAAGUCAAGACUUUCCAUCAAUCUCGCAAACCAUUUUCCGGCAGAAAUCAUCAACUCCGACAAAAUGCAAGUGUACGAGGGACUUGACAUAGUCACCAAUAAAGUAACCGAGGAAGAGCAACGUGGGGUGCCACACCAUCUGCUAGGGAUACUAAAUCCCAAUGCAGAUUUCUCUGUCACAAACUUCUGUAACAAGGCAUCACUUGCCAUCGAGUCAAGUUUGGGACGAGGCCGGCUCCCGAUCAUCGUCGGGGGCUCAAAUUCCUACAUCAAGGCCUUAGUCGACGAUGACGACUACAUGUUCCGAUCGAAGUAUGAAUGUUGCUUCCUCUGGGUUGAUGUGUCAAUGCCUGUGCUCCGCUCAUUUGUUUCAAAAAGAGUAGAUCAAAUGCUUGAAAAUGGCAUGGUGGAUGAGCUGAGAAAAAUGUUUGAUCCCAAUGCAGAUUACUCAAGGGGGAUUAGAAGAGCAAUUGGGGUACCAGAAUUUGAUCAAUAUCUUAGAAACGAACCAUUUUUAGAUACAGAACAACGUGGGAUGUUAAUCCAAGAAGCAGUAAGUCAAAUGAAGGAAAACACAUGCAGAUUAGCAUGCCGGCAACUGGGGAAAAUUCAUCAGCUUAGAAACAUGAAAGGGUGGAAUAUGCACAGGUUUGAUGCCACCGAAGUGUUUCAAAAGCAGGGCAGAGAAGCAGAAGAGGCUUGGGAUCAGCUUGUUGCUGGACCAAGUGCAGUGAUUGUGGGUCAGUUUCUUUACAAUUUUGCCCCCACCACCACCUCCAUGAUCCCUAAAAAUGUAGCAGGGUUUAAAGUUAUGAGGAACGUAGGACCUGCCAUUGCAACCGCAACUUACUAGAGAUCGAGCAAAGUUGAGAUACUCUAUAAUUUUUUGACCCAAAUGCUUUCUACAAUUCAAAGAGAAUUCGAACAUAAACAGACACAAUUUGUGAACCUUAUAACAUUAAUGCUGCCAAUGACCAAAGUGGAUUCCGGCAUUAAUGAUUGCGGAGUUUACUCACUGUGUUUAUAUUUUUUUAAAUUGUAGAAAGUGUUUACACGUCAGAAGAUUACAGGAAAUCUUGAUCUCAAACCCUAUCAUGCGGGUUUUCUUUUUUUCUUUUUUUCUUUUUUUAAUGCGAAUAAACCAUCUUGUCAUUUGAGGUGAGAAAUAAAAGAGUGUAAAGAUCAUACCGAGCUUGUAAUUUCAACCAAGGAAGUUGAAACAUGAAUCAUUUUUCGUUUGCAAGUUUUGUAUUGGUUUACUCUCCAUCAUUUGAAGCUAAUAGUAACAUAUGUCACUCGAUA